AUGGCGUCCGCCUCCGACCGCGGGAAGCCGUCCAGUUCUGCCUCCUCCAUCGUCGCCGACAAAUCGGUCGGGUACCACGACCUCAAGAUCGACGGCUGCGCGCUCACCGUCGGCACACCUACCGAACGGCUCAUCAAGUCCUGCCCCUUCACCGUCGGCGGCCAUCGCUGGCGCAUCUGGUUCUACCCCUUCGGCGGCCUCCUCGGGUACGUUUCGCUCUACCUCGUCCUCGACGACGACAUUGUGGCCAAGAGCGUGACGGCGCAGGUCCAGUUCAGCGUCAUGCUUGAGAAGCGAGCGCUGUUCUUUGUCAAGUGGGAAAAGAAGAAAGCCCUCUCCAGAUCGGCCGAUCUGAAAACCCAAGGCGCUGGUGCCUGCCGGGAGUGGUCAGUGUUCGCCAAGAGGGAGGCCUUGGGCACGAUGGCGAGCCACGGCGGCGGCUCCGUGACAAUCAGGUGCGACGUCACCGUCUUCGACGCGUUCCGCGCGGAGGCGGCGGUGCCCAAGCCGAAGCUAGCUCCCGUGCCGCCGUCCGAGCUGCAGAAGCACCUCGGCGACCUCCUCCAGAGCGGACGCGGCGCCGACGUCGUGUUCGAGAUCGACGGCUGCGAGCGGUUCCCGGCGCACCGGUGCGUCCUCUCCGCCCGAUCGCCCGUCAUCAGCGCGGAGCUCUUGGGAGCGAGGGCGAGGGAGGGCGACGCCGCUGCUGCUGCGCCGGCCGGCGUCGUGCGCGUGGAGAGCGUGGAGGCUCGGGUGUUCAGGGCCCUGCUCGGCUUCGCCUACACGGACGCGCUGCCGGAGGUCGAGAAAGUGGAGGAAAACUCGGUGUACGCGGACCUGCUCGCGGCGGCGGACAGGUUCAGCUUGGAGAGGCUGAAGGUGAUGUACGCCAACAAGCUGUGCGAGCGCGUCGACGCCGGCACGGUGAAGACCACCCUCGCGCUCGCCGAGCGGCACCGCUGCGACGGCCUGAAGGAGGCGUGCCUGGACUUCCUCGCUGAUCCGGUGAACCUGAGGGCGGCCAUCGGCACUCAUGGCAUGUGA